AUGGCGACUAGCAAAGAUAGUAGUAGUCACAAUGGUAGCAAAGGAGUUAUGGAUAAUGGAAAAUAUGUAAGGUAUACUCCAGAGCAAGUUGAAGCAUUGGAGAGGCUUUAUCAUGAUUGUCCUAAGCCCAGUUCAGUUCGCCGGCAGCAGCUCAUCCGGGAAUGUCCGAUUCUGUCAAACAUUGAGCCUAAGCAGAUCAAAGUUUGGUUUCAGAAUCGAAGAUGCAGGGAGAAACAGAGGAAAGAGGCUUCACGGCUUCAGACAGUCAAUAGGAAGCUUACGGCUAUGAACAAGCUCCUCAUGGAAGAAAAUGAUAGAUUGCAGAAGCAAGUGACUCACCUUGUGUAUGAAAAUGGCUACUUUCGUCAGACUCAUCCCCGGAAGCCGCUGGCGACUAAAGACACUAGUUGUGAAUCGGUGGUGACGAGUGGUCAACAUCAAUUGACACCUCAGCGUCCUCCAAGGGAUGCUAGUCCUGCGGGACUUUUGUCCAUUGCAGAAGAGACUUUAACAGAGUUUCUAUCGAAGGCCACUGGAACUGCUGUUGAGUGGGUCCAAAUGCCUGGAAUGAAGCCUGGUCCGGAUUCCAUUGGAAUCGUUGCUAUUUCUCAUGGUUGCGCUGGCAUUGCAGCAAGAGCAUGUGGCCUCGUUGGUCUUGAGCCUACAAGGGUUGCAGAAAUCCUUAAGGAUCGACCUUCGUGGUUCCGUGAUUGCCGGGCGGUUGAUGUCGUGAAUGUCCUGCCCACUGCCAAUGGUGGAACCAUUGAACUCCUUUACAUGCAGUUGUAUGCACCAACUACGCUGGCUCCUGCUCGUGACUUUUGGUUGAUCCGCUACACCUCUAUGAUGGACGAUGGUAGCCUAGUGGUCUGUGAAAGAUCACUUAGCAAUACUCAAAAUGGUCCAAGCAUGCCACAAACGAAUAAUUUUGUUAGAGCAGAAAUGCUGCCUAGUGGCUACCUGAUAAGACCUUGUGAAGGUGGAGGAUCAAUCAUCCAUAUUGUUGAUCACCUCAAUUUGGAGGCGUGGAGUGUUCCUGAAGUGUUGCGCCCCCUGUAUGAGUCAUCAGCUGUCCUUGCGCAGAAAAUGACGAUGGCAGCUUUACGCCAUCUAAGGCAGAUAGCACAAGAGGUUUCACAGCCUAAUGUAACUAACUGGGCAAGACGACCAGCAGCUCUUCGAGGACUUAGCCAGAGAUUGAGCAGGGGUUUCAACGAAGCACUGAAUGGGUUUACUGAUGAGGGAUGGUCUUUAAUUGGAAAUGAUGGUAUGGAUGAUGUUACUGUCCUUGUAAACUCGUCGCCUGACAAACUGAUGGCUCUGAGCCUUCCGUUUAUGAAUGGGUUUACACCUGUAUGUAGCGCAGUCUUAUGUGCCAAAGCAUCUAUGCUUUUGCAGAAUGUUCCUCCUGCAAUACUACUUAGGUUUUUAAGGGAACAUAGGUCAGAAUGGGCAGACAAUAGUAUUGAUGCUUAUGCAGCUAGUACCUUUAAAAUUGGCCCCUGCGGUGUUCCGGGAUCACGCAUGGGUAAUCUUGGGGGUCAAAUUAUACUUCCUUUGGCCCAUUCUGCUGAUCAUGAAGAGAUGCUGGAAGUCAUCAAGCUGGAUAAUAUAAGCCAUUCCCCCGAGGAUUUAUUGAUGCCCAGAGAUAUGUUUCUCUUGCAACUUUGCAGUGGAAUGGAUGAAAAUGCUGUUGGCACCUGUGCAGAGCUGAUAUUUGCUCCUAUUGAUGCUUCAUUUGCUGAUGAUGCUCCUCUCCUGCCUUCUGGUUUUCGGAUAAUUCCCCUAGACUCCAGCAAGGAAACCUCAAGUCCAAACCGCACCCUCGAUCUUGCUUCUGCUCUGGAGACUGGGACAGUGGGAAGUAAAACUUUAAAUGAGAUUGCUGGUAACAGUGGCACCACCAGAUCUGUAAUGACAAUUGCAUUUCAAUUUGCAUUUGAGGGUCACAUGCAAGAGAGUGUUGCAUCUAUGGCGAGGCAGUAUGUUCGGAGUGUAAUAUCUUCGGUUCAAAGGGUGGCAUUAGCACUAUCCCCAUCAAACCUGGGACCUCAUGGCAGUCUUCAGUCACCACUUGGUACUCCUGCAGCUCAUACGCUAGCUCGGUGGAUAUGCCAAAGUUACAAGUGUUAUCUUGGUUUGGAGCUUCUGAAACUUGCUGGGGAGGGAAGUGAAUCCAUCCUGAAAACUUUGUGGAAUCACUCAGAUGCUGUUUUGUGCUGCUCUUUGAAGGCAUUGCCCGUCUUCACGUUCGCAAAUCAGGCAGGGCUGGACAUGCUCGAGACAACCUUCAUUGCACUUCAAGACAUAACUUUGGAAAAGAUAUUCGAUGAUCAUGGCAAGAAAAAUCUGUAUGCUGAGUUCCCGCAAAUAAUACAACAGGGUUUUGCUUGUCUUCAAGGUGGGAUAUGUUUAUCAAGCAUGGGGAGGCCUGUUUCGUUCGAGAGAGCAAUAGCUUGGAAAGUUAUGAAUGAAGAAGAUCAAGCUCAUUGUAUCUGCUUUACGUUCUUAAAUUGGUCAUUUGUGUAA